UUCUUUCUGCACGCUAUAUAUGCAAAAUCCCAUCCCCAACCCUAUACACACACAGCCCGUCCCCCUCUCUUCUUGAAAGCUCAAAACCUCUUCUCCCCUCUGCUCUAAAAAUGGCGAGUCUCCUCGAACUAUCCACAACCCUCCUCAUCAUGGCCUUCCUGAGCAGCUCGGUUGUUGCUCGUCCCCUCCAGCGUGUGGUGCGUCCUCUCGGUCCACUGGUGGGUGCACGAUUGCUCGAGGAGGGCAGCAUGCUGGAGUGCUGGAACGCGCUGGCGGAGCUGAGCUCAUGCUCGGGCGAGAUUAUAUUGUUCUUCAUGAAUGGUGAGACAUAUCUCGGGAAGGAUUGCUGUAGGGGAGUGCGGGUCAUUACGAGGCACUGCUGGCCGUCGAUGUUGACAUCCGUGGGUUUCACGGCCGAGGAGGGCGAUAUUCUCAGGGGUUACUGCGAUGCUGGCGACGAGGCACCGGCCCCAGAAGUGGUGGCUCCAUGAGUUGGUAGCUUGGCUUGGCUUGGCUUGGCUUGGCUUGUUGGGCGUGGUUUUUUUUAGGUAUAAUGAACCGUUUGGUUCUGGAGUUUGUCUGUGUGGUUGAAUAUGUAAGCUUGUCACUUUUUUGGUUU